AGGUAACAAUGACGAUUCCUGGAACUAACAGCAUGAAGAAACCGAAAGUGGAUGAAGCUAUAGCUGAGCAGUUUCUGGCAGCGGAUUUGGACGAGGUGGCUAAACUUCAAGAGGAAGGCAAGAAAUACAACUACAAAACCGUCGUAGUCUACCGUAACGUGGCUCUUUUUGCUGCGCUACACAUUGGAAGCUUGAUCGGUCUCUAUCAAGUUGUUUUCCAAGCAAAAUGGCAAACUGUGGCAUGGAUGGUGUUCUUGCACAUCUUCGGUGGCCUUGGCAUCACUGCCGGGGCACAUCGUCUAUGGUCUCACAGAUCUUAUAAAGCUAAACUGCCCGUCCGAAUCCUGCUGAUGAUUAUGAACUGUUCGGCUCUGCAGAACGACAUUAUCGAAUGGGUUCGCGAUCACCGUUGUCAUCACAAAUGGACUGACACUCAUGCCGAUCCGCAUAACACCACACGUGGAUUCUUUUUUGCCCAUAUGGGAUGGCUUUUGGUCAGAAAACAUCCACAGAUCAAAGAACAAGGAGCUAAACUCGAUCUAUCUGAUCUCUUUGCUGAUCCAGUGUGUACCUUCCAGAGAAAGUACUACCUCCCACUUGUGCUCAUCUUCUGUUUCCUAAUCCCUACGGCAAUUCCUGUAAAAUACUGGGGAGAAUCUGCAUUUGUAGCAUUUUAUACGGCAGGACUUCUUCGCUACUGCCUUUUGCUCCAUGCUACUUGGCUCAUCAAUAGUGCAGCCCACUAUUUCGGAUUCAAGCCGUACGAUAAGCACAUCUCACCGGUGGAAUCAGUCUGGACUACGGUAUCUGCUAUUGGAGAGGGUGGUCACAAUUUUCACCAUACUUUCCCUCAGGACUAUCGCACAUCCGAGUAUUCUCUAAAAUUGAAUUGGACUCGAAUAUUCAUUGACACAUGUGCGGCUCUUGGUCUUGUGUAUGACCGCAAGUCCUUCUCCGAAGAAAUCAUACAGCGACAGUGUGAGAAGCAUGGAAGUCCGGAGGACCGUGGAAAAGCCAUCAUGUGGGGAGCCCUGGCCAGCCUUUGGAAUAAGUCCGGUGUGUACGAUGUGAGGACCACGAACAUAGCCGAAGCCUUCCAUCGACGGCUAAUUGUACUGCUGGAUUACUUCCCACUGCUGUCGGAUGUCAUCGGCAUGUUCCAUACGUUGGAAGCGGAGUGUAGAGCGAGGCUGAACUUCCUAGAGAUGCAUCCGAACAGAAAAAGGAGAUCAGCCGUGAAGCCCUACAGCGACGAGGCGAGAUAG